UUCCGGUCCCGGGUGUCAUGGCUGCCCCGAGAGCCUAGUGAGACUUUGCACUCGUCCCAAGGACUGAAGCCCGCACUUAGAAACAGAGCGAAGUGAAACAUUUAGGUUGGCUGCAGAGACAACUCCCCCCAUUCCUGGGAGAUGGCGGCGUCCGGGAGUGGAAUGGCUCAGAAGACCUGGGAAUUAGCCAACAACAUGCAGGAAGCCCAGAGCAUCGACGAAAUCUACAAAUACGACAAGAAGCAGCAGCAGGAAAUCCUGGCGGCCAAGCCCUGGACUAAGGACCACCAUUACUUUAAGUACUGCAAAAUCUCAGCAUUGGCUCUACUGAAAAUGGUGAUGCAUGCCAGAUCAGGAGGCAACUUGGAAGUGAUGGGUUUGAUGCUUGGAAAGGUAGAUGGUGAAACCAUGAUCAUUAUGGACAGUUUUGCUUUGCCUGUAGAGGGCACUGAAACCCGAGUAAAUGCUCAGGCUGCUGCUUACGAGUACAUGGCUGCCUACAUAGAAAAUGCCAAGCAGGUUGGUCGCCUUGAAAAUGCAAUUGGCUGGUAUCAUAGCCAUCCUGGCUAUGGCUGCUGGCUUUCUGGGAUUGAUGUUAGUACACAGAUGCUUAACCAGCAGUUCCAGGAACCAUUUGUUGCAGUGGUGAUUGAUCCAACGAGAACAAUUUCUGCAGGAAAAGUGAAUCUUGGAGCCUUUAGGACAUACCCAAAGGGUUACAAACCUCCUGAUGAAGGACCUUCUGAAUACCAGACUAUCCCACUUAAUAAAAUAGAAGACUUUGGUGUACACUGCAAACAAUACUACGCCUUAGAAGUCUCAUAUUUCAAAUCCUCUUUGGAUCGCAAAUUACUUGAACUUUUAUGGAAUAAAUACUGGGUGAAUACACUGAGUUCAUCUAGCUUGCUUACUAAUGCAGACUAUACCACUGGUCAGGUAUUUGAUUUGUCUGAAAAGCUAGAGCAAUCAGAAGCCCAGCUAGGACGAGGGAGUUUCAUGUUGGGUUUGGAAACACAUGACCGAAAGUCAGAAGACAAACUUGCCAAAGCUACAAGAGACAGCUGUAAAACUACCAUAGAAGCCAUCCAUGGAUUGAUGUCUCAGGUCAUUAAGGAUAAACUAUUUAAUCAGAUUAACAUCUCUUAAAUAAUCACUGAGUCGAGCUUUUGCCUGAAAGUUCAUAUGUGAAGAAUACUCAAGUAACACUCUUAAAAACAGUUACCAAAAAUCUGAUUAGCAGUAUAAGGUGCUCUGAAGUGUCCUGGAUAUUACCAUCCUGUAAUAAAGCUCUAUAAAAUGAAA